CACCGGCAUCAGGUCAUUUGGCUCGACGUCGCGGCCACGCAUCAUCUGGCAAGGCAGUGGGCUCCCGAGUCAACUGGUAUAGGGACCGCGGGCACUGGGUCAGACAUUGGAUCGUCUGAUGGACAGCGGGCAUCGGGGGAGUUGAGGGCAUGGGUCACCAGGCAUCAGGUCAUUUGCGCUCAACUAGCGGGCCACCCGCGUCAUCCCUGGCAAGGCAGUGGGCUCCGAAUCAACACAGGCACGACAGUGGGCAACCGGGUCAUCAGGUAUGACAGCGAGCACUGGCGGGUCACCCAGGCAUCAGGCAUCUGGAUCAACAGCGGGCAUCGAGUCAACUGGCCUAAUAGGAUCAUCAGGCUGGAUCAGUUCAUCAUGCUGGGUAGAGGCAUCAGGCUGAAUGCCGGCGUCCGGCUGAGUAGAGGCUUCAGGCCGAGUAGAGGCUUCUGGCCGUGUAGAGGCUUCAGGCCGAGUAGAGGCUUCAGGCCGAGUAGAGGCUUCAGGCUG